AUGCCAACGAAUAACGCCGAAUCAAUGCUGCCCUAUCAUCCAACUCUAAACACAUCAAAAGAAGAGGAAACAACAACGCCAUAUCAAAGCUGUGAUAAUGUGUAUAUACAUACGAUUGAAAAGAUCAAAGAUCUUGAGUCGUCGUUGUCAACGUUACCACCUCAGGAUCCAUUUGAGAGCAAUUGUGUAGAAGAAAAAGAUGAAAUAUCACCUGUUCCAUCUGGACGUGCAAUCGGAGGUAUUUCGUUUGCUGGUGAAGGCGUAACACAUCCAAUAGCGAUACUCGAACAUGAAAUUAUGAAACACAAUGGAGAGAUCCCGGAUGAAGAAGUGCCAACAGCCGUUACAAAUGUUGGAGGCGGUCGUAAUAUGGAGAAUAAUCUAAAAACUGAAAAUGGAUCGGUAAAAGAAAACAACGAAGAGAAUAAAAAAAAUGAUGGAAACAAUUUAACAAAGGUUCCUCAAUUUUACUUUCCACCGAGUAAGAGAGUCCGAGAAGAUUUAUCGAAUAUUAUUGCAAGUUUUGAACACAAUGCAGUCAAAGAAAUAUACAAAGAAAAAGAUGAACCUUUUACUCUAGCAACUUUCAUCCCUGUAACGAAUGCAUGUAAUUUGCCAAGAUAUAUGAAUCAAGCAUUAUUCGCAAAAAUCGAUGAACUCGGAGAUAUUUCUGGAGAUGUCACUUUUGAGCAAUUUGAAAGGGGGUGGCAACAAUUAAUAGCAAGUUCGACCGAUGAAAAUUCUUUAAUAUUUAAUAUUCUCAAAAGCGAAGAAGGUGGACAUUUGAUCCCAGAUGAUUUUAAUACGGUUCUUGAAGAUGUUGUUCUUAGUCAUCCUGGUUUCGAAUUUCUUGCAAAUAAUAAUGUAUUUCAGGAUCGAUAUAUGGAAACUGUAACUUCUCGCAUCUUCUACGAAUAUAAUCGUAAUUGGACAAACAAAAUGACCUUGAAAGAAUUCCGACAAAUGAAUUUCGGUGAUAUGUUGAGAAAACUAGAAACAAAAGUUGAUAUAAGCCAUACACAUGAUUAUUUCUCAUACAAACAUUUUUAUGUGAUAUAUUGUAGCUUUUGGGAACUAGAUAGUAAUCACGAUUUACAAAUAAAUGAAAAGGAAUUGGCUAUUUAUGGAAGGUACGCGUUAUCAGAAAGGAUCGUGUCGCGAAUCAUUAAUGGGUGGGGGAAAGUUAGCGAUUUACCGAUUGUUGAAGGGUCCUCAGAGGAGCAGCCGCAAAUGAGUUAUCGAGAUUUCAUUUGGUUCUUCUUAUCAGAGAUUGAUAAAAGUACACCAACAGCUAUUGAGUAUUGGUUCCGUUGUCUGGAUCUUGAUGGAGACGGAGUAUUAAGCACAUACGAAUUAGAUUACUUUUUCCAGGAACAAAUCAAUAGAAUGCAAAUUCUGCAAAUGGAGCCAAUAAAAUUUGAAGAUUGUAUUUGUCAAAUGUACGAUAUGAUCAAGCCAGCAAAAGAAGGAAUCAUCACGUUGCGAGAUCUAAAACGGUGUCGUCAAAAUGCUCCACCAUUCUUUGACAUGUUUAUCAAUUUGACAAAGUUUAUCGCAUUUGAUCAUAAUCAACAACAGUGGCGCAUACGACAGCAGAUUUUAGCGGGACAAAGUGCAGAAAGUGCUCCAGAGAUUGAGAAUAUGAGUGAAUUCGAUAGUUUUGCCGAGAUCGAGUAUAACAAUCUCGUAUUAGCCGACCAAAGAACAAGUCAGCAUCUUGAAACAUCCGAAGAGUGUCAACAAUUAGGUGAAAUGACAACUACUAGCGCUAAAAAACAAAAAGCCGCAGACGACAUAUAUGACGAUGAACUCGGACGAAAGCACACAAAGUUUUAUGAGGAUGAAGAUUUCUUCUCCGAGAGUAGCAGUGAUGAGGAAGGGGGAGGAUUUGGAUUCGAAGAAGGGUUUGACGAGGAUGCAAAUGAAAUUGAGGACGAAGAGGAACGAGAAAGUGCGCAAGAUGAAGAAAAUAAAGAAGAUAUCGAUGACAAUGUUGAGAAUGACUUGUUCGAACAGGAAAUGGAACAAGAGUUGACAAAGAAGACUUUGAGGAUUUAG